UAGACCGCUGCAUAAGUAGCAUGAGUAAUUUGCCACGAUAAUGAUAUAUCGGCUGGUCCACGAGACUAAGAAUAACUAUGUUCAAAUAUAAAGUUUUAGUCGCUAGUGUGUACUUGAGUGCGGUAACUUGUUUGGUACUUUGCUCGGAGUAUCAAGCUGUGGUUUAUGUGGACACAGUCAACGGUGUGGACAACAGUAGUUGUUGGCUUGGUGAGAUAGAACUGCCUUGCAAGUCGUUAUUAUUUGCCGGCAAUGGAAGACCUGAUGUUCUUGUAGCAGAGUUAAAACGAACAUCUCAUCAGCUGCAUGGUUCAGAUGAAGAAUGUUAUCCAUGGAUGUUUUUCAAUGAUACGAUUGGAGAGUGUGCGUGUGGUGACAUUCCCUAUCGCUCGGUUCUGUGUGAUCCCACAAUUCCUCAGACGUCUAUACUAGACUGUUAUUGCAUGACGUAUGAUAACAUUACAAGAAAGACUGAACUAGGAGUGUGCUUCUUUGGCUGUGAUCGUAUUGCUGACACACUUUAUACUAAACUACCAACUAAUGUGAGCGAUUUGAACACCUAUAUGUGUGAGAAAUACAACCGAGGUUCAACACUGUGUGGGAAGUGUCUACCAGGAUAUUCACCACUUGUGUACUCGUAUGACAUGAAAUGUAUGAACUGCACAGGAGAGAACAUGACCUACAACUGGAUCAAGUACAUAGCGGUUGCUUACAUUCUGUUAACAAUCUUCUUUUUCUGUGUUGUGGGUUUCAAAUUCAGUGGAACAUCUCCAUGGAUGAAAGCUUUCAUUUCUCUCUGUCAAGGUGUAGCUUCCCCUAUAGUAGCCAGGUCUUUCUUGCGAAUUGCCAGGAACAGGAUGAAUAUCUUUAUUCGAAUACUCGAGUGUGUUUAUGGUAUUUGGAAUUUGGAUUUCUUCUGGACAAUUAUCCCACCGAUAUGCGUAAGUAUAACUCCACUACAGGCACUUGCUUUAGAUUAUGCAAUUGCAUUCUAUCCACUGUUACUGGUCACUGUUACUUAUAUACUAGUGCGUAUGUACAGUCGGGACGUACAGGUAAUCGUAUGGCUUUGGAAACCAUUUCACAAACUUCUGGGAUGUUUCAGGAAUAAGAAAAGAGACUUUGAGGGUUCGCUUGUAAAAGCUUUCGCCACUUUUUUUUUACUCUCAUACUUGAAGUUGAUCGAUGUUUCUUUUGAUUUCCUUUUGUAUACAGAGAUGUACACAUUCGAACACAGUAACAGUAGCCAGUAUAGUGUCCGCUAUGUUCUCUACCUCGAUGCAUCUGUGGAUUACUUCAGUAAAGAACACCUUCCCAACGCUAUCACUGCUUUGUUUGUUUUGAUCUUUGUGAUUAUCUUUCCACUUGUGUUUCUUGUCAUCUAUCCAAUGCGUUGGUUUCAACGAGUUCUGAACAAGUUUAGUGUUCAGCGCCAACAUGUUGAUAUGUUGUUUACUGUUACCAAGGUUACUACAAGGAUGGAACAAAUGGAACUCGUGACUGUCGAUGCUUUUCUAUAACGUUCUUUCUCUCUCAAAUUAUAAUGUUUGUCUGGUUCACCCUCUCACAAAGUAUUUAUUGCUAUCCUAUAUGUGCUGUGCUUUUGACACUAGUAGUCAUUGUUCAGCUACUGGUACAGCCAUACAAAGAACAGUUUCGUAUCUACAACUUAAUCGAUAUUGUGAUGAUGUUGAAUUUUGUUCUGAUAACGGUGAUGGCCACUGCUGCAGAUGAAGCUAGCAUGAAAGCAGUUCGUUUUACUAACUUUUCUUUUGUUCUUACCGGAAUGUUUGUAGUUUUUCCAUUUGUGUAUUUAGUAGCUGUUACUAUGUGGAAGAUAUGGUCAACAAAUUGCUUCAAAUUGUGUGCUAGGAGGGUGAAAGAGCUGGGUAAUCAUUGGAAACAACAUCAUAAUAUCGAUAUUAAAGAAAACGAUACCUCUUAUAAUUUUCCUGAUCGGAUGGAAAAUCCUAUAAAUUAUCAAGUUCAAGCAGGCUUAUUGCAAGGGGACAAUCAACGACACAUCUCAUACGGAACAGCUGCCUGAUUGUUUUGAUCAAAACUGAACAUGCAAUUUUGAACUCAUUUUAGUAGAUAUGUAUAUGUCAAAGUUUGCCCACGCAUUUCAUAACAAAAUAAUAACUAUUUUGACUCCUAGCAGCUAGCGUCUCCACCUUAAUUAUAGCAGAUAGAUACUGUGAACCUGCAUGUAUAUAUAAUUAUAUCUAAUUUCUGAAGGUC